AUAAGGUAACAUCUCUGCUGCUCAGUGCUAAUUACAAAGAUAAGCCUAUCAUCACACAGGACAGAAAGUGUUGUGGACGCUAAGGUUGUAAGUCGGCUAAGGACCUUACGGAAAAUUUAUUGUAUUAUCUGCAAAAAACUUUUAUUUUAAGGAUGGCAACAAAAUGGGGAAUUGCAAGUGCUGGUAAAAUCAGUCAUGACUUUGUUGUUGCUUUAAGCACUCUCUCCCAGGAAGAACACAAAGUUGUGGCUGUGGCUGCCAGAGAUCUUGAAAGAGCCCAGGCCUUUGCAGACCUCCAUAAAAUUCCUUCUGUAUAUGGUUCAUAUGAAGAACUUGCAAAAGAUCCUAAUGUUGAUGUUGUAUACAUUGGAGCUGUCCAUCCACAGCAUCUUCCUAUUGGAAAGAUGAUGUUGAAUAAUGGGAAGCCUAUACUGUGUGAAAAGCCAUUGACUAUGAAUUUGAAAGAAACAACUGAACUGAUUUCAUUAGCGAGGGAGAAAGGAUUGUUUUUGAUGGAAGCAAUUUGGUCUCGUUGUUUUCCUGCAUAUGACAUGCUGAGAAGGGAAAUGGAAGCAGGGAAUCUGGGUGAAAUCGUCCAGGUUAUUGUUAAUUUUGGCUUUUCAAUAGAAAGUGUGGACCGCAUGAGGUUGAAGGAGCUUGGUGGUGGAACUAUACUUGAUCUAGGAGUUUACUGCCUGCAGCUAGCUGUGCUCGUAUUUGGUCCUGUGAAUCCGACACACAUUGUUGCUUUGGGACAUUUAAAUGAGUUUGGAUGUGAUGAGAGCAUGGCAUGUGUUUUAAAGUAUGAAGGUGGUAAAACAGCAGUUCUGAGCACAAAUGCCCGCGCACUUCUUCCAAAUGAAGCAUAUAUAAUUGGGACUAAAGGAAGUAUAAAAAUACCAAACUUUUGGUGCCCUACAAGUUUGGCAACACCAGAGAAGACAUGUGAUUUCAUACUACCAACAGCAUCAAAGUCAUUUAAUUUUAUAAAUAGUGCAGGUCUACGCUAUGAAGCUAUGGAAGUUCGCCGUUGCUUGAGGGAAGGGUUGCUAGAAAGCCCCAAAAUAACCCAUGCAGAAAGUAAACUGAUUGCUGAAUUGGAAGACAAAUUGAGAAAAGAAAUUGGAGUUACAUAUGAACAAGAUGAGUAGUUGAAGCUUGGUAUUCAUUUGCACACUAUGUUAGCAAAAAGGUGUUAUUUUCAUAAUUACCUGCAUUUUCAGGGAAAACUGGGAGUAAAAUGUACAUAUGUGAGUCUGUGGAUGUUGUGAUAAUGCUUGACAGACUUUGUUGAAUUUUAUUUUUGUGCUUAGCAAUAUUCAUAAAAUAUUGUAGCACUCAGCUGUGUUUUACUCAACCGCCUGUCAGCAUCUUAAAGUCUCAUGGGUUUUAUGUGUAAUAUAUUGGUUAUGUUAUGACUGUAACAAGUAGAGUACUGAUGAGAGGACGUACAGCAUCAAGUCAAAAAUGAAAAAUACAAAUAUGAAAAUAGUAGUGACUAGUUUGCUGUAAAUUAUCUCAUAAGUAACAUUAAAUUCUAGUUUAGUGGAUCUGUAUGAAAAUUUUUAACUCAUUUUUUUUAAGUAUAUAAACCAAUACUUUUUUUGGGAGCUGCACAGUAAUAUGGAAUAAAAUAUUUUUCUUCCUUAGCUGCUUUUUUUCCAACAAAAUUGUACCAUCAUCAAUGAGUUAUUUUUAUAUAAAAUAAUAUUGUAUUUCACAGUAUAUAUAAGACUAUUGACACACAUUGAACAUACUUUGGAAGUGUUUGCAGCAUUACCUACUGCUUUUUAAUCUUUCAAGAGGAUUGGUUUUGCUAAUUCCAUUAAAAGUGUCUGUGCAUAUAUACAGUGUGUCAUCAAUAACACAAAUGCAAGUCAGUUUUGUGAAGAAAAUAAUCUGCCUUAAUAGAAGAAUGAAUCCAGUAGAAAAAAAAUUAAUUGCAAACAGUAAAGGAUAAAUUCAUCUUAACCAAAUUAAGAAUUAAAUCCUUUGAGUAGAAACUGUUGAAUAAUGAUGUAAUGACAUUGUUUCGGAUUCAUUUUUUAGCAAAGUAGUAUUGCUAGACAGAAAUAUCUCAUAUUAUUUAUAUCAAUUAUACUGUUUGUGGGUAAAGGAGAAAAGACAUAUUUUUUGAUUAUGAAAAAUCCUCACAGCUUAGGCACUUAUGGGGAAAUUGAAAAAAAUAUGAGACUUUUUCAAUGGGAAAACAGUAGUAAAAAUUACUUCAAAAUGUCUUUUUUAAGUGACUGACUCCUUUCAUGUGUUUACACAAUUGCUUGAGAAACUCUGUAAGCUGACUUCUACAUGUGGUGUGAAAUAAAACAUCUGAUCACUGGUGUUACAAUCUAAUGUAGCAUACAUUGCAGACUAUCUGCUCAUUGAAAUUUACAGCAUACCGGAAAGUGUGACAGAAUAUUAUUUUUAUACUAUUAGUUUGUGAUGUUAUGCAUUUAACUAGUAAAAAUCCCUAAUACGGUUCUACAAAAUUCUGUUAUGUAAUUGCCGUUCUUUUUUGGUAUAUAACAAAGGAGAGAACAGUCAACAGUUUUAAAAGUUGCCAUAAAAAUAAAAGUACAUUGUUACAUUGUUGUAGAUAGUAUUUCAGCUUGUUUACAAAAUUCAAAUGAAUGUAGCCGUCUUAUCUAGUAUGUGAUCAUAUUGAGAUGGACAGGUAGUUGCAGGUAAUAUGGAUUGUUGGUCGAGAGAGGAAUAAUACAUAAAUGUGAUUUAAUAUAUAUUUUAUAUUGCUGAAACAUAACAUUUUAUGUAAAAUUACCUGUGUCAUAUUUUUACGUCCCCCCCCCCCCCCCCAAUAUGUCCCAGAAAUAAAGAUGAAAUAAAAAGACAGUUUAAUUUUUUAUAUACAAGACCUUUGUUUAUCUAAAAGUUAUUUUGUCACUACUUAUGUGAAUGUCACUACGAAUAUCACCUAAUAAAUUGUUGCUAAUAUUUCACCUUUUACCAGUGAAGUAACAAGUUAAUGUCAUCAGGUACAUUUUGUUGCAUAUAAAAGUAUGCUCUAUUUACACAGAUUGGUUGUUUUUAGGUCUUUGUUCAUAUUCCUGAUUUUGACAUAAAUUAUGAACACGGAGAAAUACUAACAAAUUUUCAAAUAUAUAACUUGUUGGUACUCUUAUCUCUUGGUGCUUUUGUAUAAAAUAAUGCACUCUCUUUCUCAGAACUCUGAUUGUUUUCCAAAUAUAGCAAGGCAGUGUAGAAACUUUCUGUAACAUACAGUGAUUGUUCCUUCUAAAACCUCUUAAUGAUAAUGUAACUAAGAUACAUUUUGCAGUGUGUUGCCUUGAAAAAGUCAGAAGAAACUAUUCAUCUGGGUCAUAAUAAUAUUGUUAUACAACAGGUGUAAAGAAGUUACUGGAAUGAAUUAUACAGUAGACCUCAUUGGAGGCUGACACAACACUCCAUAAUCUUUUACUUUGUUAAUAUCUUGUACGCAAUUUCUCAUUAAGUUGAUUAUAGCCACAUUCAUCAAACUUCGCAAGUGGGCAAUUUUGACACUCUGUCCAAUGAUUUGUUGUUGAGCAUUUAUAGUUACCUGAUUUUAAAGGAAACCACUGGGAGCAAGUGAGCCAACACCCCCCACCCCCUGCCUCACACCACUCACACCAUAGGUGGACUACGAUGGAGAGAGAACUCGUCAGCUGCGCAAUACGUUUAAAUAAACAAUCUGAGAGUACAGCCAUUUCAUAAAGUAGAUUCAUCAGCUGAUGUUAACAGUGGUGAUACUUAAAUUUGCUUUCAGGACUGCAGUCUGUUAACAGUCUUGCCAUAAAACUGGGAUGAAUAAAGAUCCGACAUUCUAAGGCGCAUCUUCCUAAAUUGAUGUAUGUGCUUAAGGUUCCUCUCAAAAUAAUUCAGUGUUUUGAAAUUUCUUAUUUAAAUCAGUGUACAGUUCUAACAUCAAGCUGUCUCCCUUAUGAGUGAAAAGAACCUGCUAGUGUUAACUUUCGUGUUUCUCUGUGACCUUGCGCUCCCAGGCAGCUUCUUAUUGCAUAAUGCUGAAUGAACUAAUUAGAAUUACGCUGUUAUUCCCAUGCAGAGCCCAAUAGUAUUGCCUUUCAGCUGAUGGCAGCACUAAAACCUCGUUGUACAACAUGGUUCUAGGGUUAGCAAUUCCACAGCAGUAUCACUUAUAGCUUGCAAGUACUCAUUAAUAGGUCAAACACUUUCCUCAAUGAGCAAUUUUUACAUAGUUACCAUAGCAUAGCAGUAAUGUGUGUCUUAACAGUCAAAUUGAGCAUCUUUCAGUGACAUUCUAGUAGGAAUGCUGUGAACUAAUCCUUCCAGUAGUGGAUACCAUGAACAUUCCAUACAUACCACUCUUUACUUGAGGAUAAUGAUUUAGUUUUUGUCUAUAAUUUUGUUGUAUGUAAUAUUAAUUAUUAAUGCCAAUGUUCCGUACAUGUACCAGAAUAAGUCUAUCUCACAUUAAAAAGUUUUUGCUUCUAAUAAGAAAACAAUAGAGGCAAUUUCACUUAAAAUAUACUGUUUAGUGAGAGGAUGUUUUAACAACCCAUCAGUGGCACCACCUAGGACAUGUAUAACUUUAAUUUCAUUUCAGGUAUUCUUACUUUUAUGCAGUUGUUAACCUACCUUAUUAAGUUUCACAAACUGAAGUCAUGUGAUACGGAAAGUGAAGAAUAUUAUGCUUGUUUUAUUUGCAUUAUAGCCAUUUCAUUUUUUGUGCAGAACGUCACUGUUAAAAAGUGUAGUAAAGCAAGUCAAUUCAAAUAUUGAUUAUUAACUUCAAGGAAAAUUCAGUCCAGUGGCAUAUCUACUUUGGAAAUAGUUACAAUUAUGUACCCACUGCCAUUUUCAGUCUUUUGCAAGCAUUGCAGCUUUUGUGAGCUGAUGUGAAAUGUGUAGAUAUCCAGCCAUUCUCUUGCCAGACAAUUCUAGUAUUCGUAUUUAACCAAAUUUUUGGUACACUGUGCUUUGCUUUUAUAAAUCUUCUUAACGAAUUCUGCCAUUAAACUCCUACUGUUUCCUGAUGAAUCUAUUUCUAGUACAGCUUACAUAAUGAGAUAAUAGCAAAGGGAAACAUGGUAUAAAUAUUCCUGUGCCUUAAAAUUAAUCUGAACAUAGUUUAAAGGUUGUCAACAUUUGAGUAUUUUGCUUUCAGUUGUAAAUGACGGACGUAGAUGCAUUUCUGUAGCCUUUAUAGUCAUGGUUUUUGAGAAUGUUAUUUUGGUGCUUUUUUUUUAUUUUUACUGAUGACAUGUCACUUUUUGUAUCUUAGUGAAAAUUUAAAUCUGAUGUUCUUAUCUAGGAUGCUGCAAUUUUCCGUAUAAAGGAGGUAUUUUUAUAAGAUGUCCUCAUUUGGAUAAGAGUAUUUGAUUAGAAUUUUCUUGCUAGGUGUUUUGAUAAAAGAUGUUCAGAGCAAAUUCUUAUGCACACCAGAACAGUAAUGACAUGUUCAUUACCUAUUUCUAUGACAAUAACAAACACAUUUAAAAUGAGAGAAAUUAGUUAUAUUUGUGAUUAGAAUAUUGAUUUUAAGUUUGGUCAGGUAAGGAAUAUGUGAGUAGCAGUAGAUUUCCAAUGUACAUACACAGGAUUGUAAUCUGUAAACAAAUUUCCAAGCAUAAUUUUGUAAUUCAUCACUGUUUGUGUCAUAUAUGUAUUGUAAACUAUUUCACAAUAAUAAUAUCAUUACUAAGAAGUGUCAUGGCAUUGAGAGCCAUAGAAGAUGGAUAGGUAGACCAUGUGUGGGAGAAUCUUUAUUUGGCAUUCAUUGUUUCGGGGUCCCUUUGUAGUGAUAUAUGAAUCACUGGCAAUUCAUAGGGGAUUAGUGUAAGUUAUAAGAUAUAACUUGUAUGUUGAGGACAUUUUGGGUAGUAGAUGUUUAAACUGUUAUUCAUUGUGUAUUAUCAAAGACACUAUGAAAGUAGAUUGUAAAUGUUCUAGUAGGCUAGAUUUCGGACAAAUAAACCAAAGAUGUCAUUCAUUCACAAAACAAACUUUUUUUGUUACUCUAAGAUUCUUUAGUAAUAAUGCAUGACUAUUAUAUUUUUGUAUAUGUAAUCAUAAAUUACAAAAGCACAUUCACCGAUAUUGUGAAAAAAAACUUUUAUGUAAUCAGUAAGAUAUAACCACUUUGGUAUGAUAUAAAACUUGGACAAUAACUGUAAGACAGAUGAAUAAAUAUAUGUUGUUACUGAGAAAAAAA